UCUUCCUCGUGCUUUCCAGUGUUCCCUCGUAUCUUCCCGUAUGUGCAUGGACGAUGCUGACACACUUCCGAUUCUUCACCAUCUUGGCCUUCCAUGUGUUUCUUCAGGAGAAGGUGGAUUUAGCUGUAAUUGAAGUUGGGAUUGGUGGCGCAUAUGACUGCACCAACAUUAUAAGCCAGGGGUUCCUGCCUUCAGUCAAACAGCCAGAAGAUGCAAUGGUUAUGUUGAGGAGCAGGGCUAAAGAGAUGAGCUGUCCUCUGUGGGUGUGUCCAGAGCUGGAAGACUACCAGGAAGAUUGCGGACCUUUUCAUCUGGGCCUGGCAGGGCAGCACCAGCGCUCCAACGCCUCCCUGGCCCUCCAGCUGAGUCACACUUGGCUUCAGAGAAGAUGUCUACCAGCAGAUAAAAGCUUUCCCUUCACAAGUGUUGACAACACAGGUGUCCUUCAGAUGACUGCCUUCAAGCCCAGCCCGAUCAUGGUCAAAGUGGACCUGUGGCCAGAGUUCUGCUGUUCAAUGCCACAGGAGAGAGAGACGCAGCAGCCCUGCUUAAACAACUGGUGCUCAACGCCCCAUGAACAUGUGCGUGUAGCAGCACGGCUCGGAAAGAACUACAGCACCAAGACGGCACCUCAGAUACCAGGCAUGGAGUACCAGGAUGCAAUUUACACUCUGAAGACAUUACAGACCAGUUUGGGAGACAGCACUCUUGAAAAGGUCCAAGAAAACUAUCAGCUGCAGCUCCAAGCCAUGAGAGGCUUCCUGGAGCGAGCUGGCCUCACAGUCGAGGAACUAGAUCAGCUCAAUAUCAUUCAUGUGACGGGAACAAAGGGCAAGGGCUCAACAUGUGCAUUCACUGAGCAGAUUUUGAGAAGUCAUGGCUUCCGCACAGGAUUUUACAGUUCCCCACAUUUGGUACAAGUCAGGGAGAGGAUUCGAAUCAACGGACAGCCCAUUGGAGAAGAGCUCUUCACUAAAUACUUCUGGCAGGUUUAUGGACGGCUGGAUGAGACUAAGAAUGCGCAUGGAGGGACGAUGCUGACACACUUCCGAUUCUUCACCAUCUUGGCCUUCCAUGUGUUUCUUCAGGAGAAGGUGGAUUUAGCUGUAAUUGAAGUUGGGAUUGGUGGCACAUAUGACUGCACCAACAUUAUAAGGAAGCCGUGGGUGUGUGGCAUCGCCUCUCUGGGUAUAGACCACACUCAGAUUCUUGGAGACACCAUUGAAAAGAUCGCCUGGCAUAAAGGAGGCAUCUUCAAGCCAGGGGUUCCUGCCUUCACAGUCAAACAGCCAGAAGAUGCAAUGGUUAUGUUGAGGAGCAGGGCUAAAGAGAUGAGCUGUCCUCUGUGGGUGUGUCCAGAGCUGGACGACUACCAGGAAGACUGCAGACCUUUUUGUCUGGGCCUGGCAGGGCAGCACCAGCGCUCUAACGCCUCCCUGGCCCUCCAGCUAAGUCACACUUGGCUUCAGAGAAGAUGUCUACCAGCAGAUAAAAGCUUUCCCUUCACAAGUGUUGACAACACAGGUGUCCUUCAGAUGACUGCCUUCAAGCCCAGCCCGAUCAUGGUCAAAGGACUGGCAGACACAGAGUGGCCUGGAAGGAAUCAGACCCUGAAACACGGAGCAGUCACUUACUUCUUGGAUGGAGCUCACACCAUGCGCAGUAUGCAGGCCUGUGUACACUGGUUCAGUGACACUGCAGCCCAGCACGAGAGGAAUUCAAGUGGACCUGUGGCCAGAGUUCUGCUGUUCAAUGCCACAGGAGAGAGAGACGCAGCAGCCCUGCUUAAACAACUGGUGCCAUGUCAUUUUGACUUUGCUGUUUUCUGCCCAAGCAUCCCUGAAGCCAUGGCUUCUUGCAAUGCAGACCAGCAGAACAUGUUGACUCGCUGCUUGGACAACGAGAGGAGCUGGCAUCUCCACAACAGCCUGGGGAAUAACAACAAAGGUACACAGCUGCUUAUCGAGGGCAGCCGUCAGCUGGUUGCUGAAAAGAAAACAGACACCCUGGUCUUCCCCUGCAUCCUCAGCGCCCUCCAGUGGAUCACCCAGGGCAGGGAUUCAGAGCUGGCAGACCCAGCCCAGAGAGUCUUACCAGUAAAAGCCAGUGUCGUGGCCAAAGCUGCUCCGCUCUGCGACGCAGCCGAGAUCCACAUUCUCAUCACCGGAAGCCUCUACUUGGUGGGAGGAGCACUCAAACACCUCGACACAGCUUCCUACAAGUAAACAGACAUGUGAAAUUUAAACUAGUGAAUUCUAAAGGUUUAGAUAAUGUGAUGUUCUGCUUAAUCAAUUCUAAAUCAAGACUUCAAAAAUAUUCACUUAAAUGGAACUUGUCAUUUGUAAGUUGUGAAGAUGAAAUCUUCCUUUACAUCAAU